AGAAUCCCCAGUCGAUUGAGGAACGAGAGAAGUUUGAUCGUCUGGCUGACCGCUGCCAAAAAUUUGCACAAGGCCAUCGCGAGAGCAGCUGACAAAACGGCAGAAACGGUUCGAAUCAAAGAAAUCGUGAAAAAAGCAGAAUUCAACGCCAUGAGAACCAGAGAAGCAAUGACUCCUCAACGCAAGAACCUUUUGGAACUUCUGAGGAACUUCUCCAAGCACUUGGAUGGACCAAAUGCCACCAGAGCAUAUAUCUCGUCUCACGAAGCCUUCUGGAACAAACGCUUCCAAGAGCAGGAGCAGGGCCUGAAAAAGCGACUCUCUCACGAAUAUCCGCACCCGAAGCUUCAGAAUUGAUGUGUUUAGCUGUGUUUAUAUGUCAUAUGCGAGCCAUAAACGAAAUACCUCUUGGAAAGGACA